CAUACACAUAAACUUCUCGUCAUUAAAAUCCUGUAUUGGUCUUCUUUGUUCAAUUAUUGUUUCAGUUAAAAUAGUUCUAUGGAAAGAUUACUGCAUAUUGAACUAGGACAUUUUUAUAACAUUUACGGACUUCAUCUUCAAUCGAGGAAGUGCAUUUGUAACUCCGAACAGCAAAGGCGCACUUACGGUACCAUUUGGGGACUUUAAAAAGAAAAUUGCAUUAAGAAACAAUUUAUGCAAAUCCCAGAGAAGGACAAUAUAAAUUAUUAAAGAUUUCCGAAAGAGAAGCACCACAGAGGAGCACUUAGAUGAACAGAAAUGGCUUUCCCUCCGUCUCCAAGGAUAUAUCACGACAUCAAACAUGUAUCGCUCGGAGAGGAACACCAGGAAACACAAACCCAUUUUCAGGGAAAUGACCUCCGCUAGUGCGCGUCGCAGACCAGGAGGUUCCAUACGUGUCCAAGGUCAAGGUUACUCCAAGGUCGACACCGACGCUCAACCUCCCGACGCUGCUGCCGCUUCAUCCGGGUCGUCCUUGCAACUGCCGACCAUGGCAUCAAACGGGCUGGCGGCGGACUGGGAUACGGAAGCAGAAGCAGAAGACGACGGGAAUCCCAUGCUGCUUGAUGAACUCUCCGGGAUCAACCGAACGCUUGAAAAACAGAUCGAGACGCUUAGAUUAAGACUCGAUUUCGAUACGCGGCACCACGACGCAGAAAAGCACGCGUUGUUAGUGGAGACUGGUGCAAAACUGAAAUCAAAGGCUGAAGAAAUUGACCUUCUGAAACAGCAGGUUACAGUAAAGGACACAAAAAUGAAAGACAUUGAGAAACAAAAUGCCAAGAAAAGUGAAGAAAUAAUCACUCUUCGGCGUGAAAUUGAAAGCCUGAACAACGAAGUGGUCCAUGCAAAAUCUUACGCGAAUGACCUAAUGUCCCAAAUGAGCACUUUGACCAAGGAACGUGAACAGCUAGAGCGAGAGGGCGUCUUUGGUGACCGUGAACAGGAAGUGACGGCCUUGAGACGGGAGGUCAGCGACCUUCGUAAUAAUCUGCAUACUCUUGAGUCUGAACUCACAAAGGCACGCGAGUUGGUCGCAACACAGGGAAAUAAGCUGAAAUUUGCGGACAGUGAUAAGAAAUCCCUGCAAUUGAAAUUUAAAGAAGAGCUCGCGAAAGUGUCGCAUUCCAUGAGGAUGGAGGUUGAGCGUAUGCGCGAUGUGAUGAAAAAGCAAUGGGAGGAAAUGCGCGCGCUGCGAGAGCAGAACUUCAGUAUGAGUAAAGACAUUAAAGACAUACGAAGCCUCCUUAUAAACGGUUGCCUUGACGACGAUGGUAAAAUGCAACAACAGGAAGACCAAGAUCAUGGAGCUCAAAGCCAAGGUCACAUGGCUCAAGGUCAAUCCCCGCGGCAACAUUCGCCGACGCACGCGUUGUCACUUCCGCAGACGGCACGGGGAAGUAAGCAGGGCUACAGCAAUGGUUACAACAUGGCGGCGCUAAAACCGUCUCUUCCGGUCUUGAAUAAGGACAGUAAAAAGACAGCUGGUAGGCGGAAGUGAUAUCAAUAAGACAAUUGGACAUGCCAGUAUCUCCGCAUAGUAAAUGCUUGAUGAUUUAUUAGCUGGUUUCCUUAUAUGUUGUGUUAUGCAUUUGUAAAUAUUUGCAUUUUCCAGCGCGAGUGAUUUAAGCGUGCCUUUUUAAACACUGGUUAUAUUAACAGUGAGUUGAUUCGUUGGUUUUCUGAACGUGUUGUUUGAGAUGUGCAUUACUUCACUUUUAAAGCUUCGAAGGUUUUGAAAUUCACUGGUAUCCUUAACUAACCUGCACCCCUCGAUGCCCGCUAGCUACUUGUACUGUGUAACAGUUCCGUUGUAUAAUCAUUCCUGUUUGACAGAUAAAACGUUUUGUGUGGUGUGAAUUAUUACCAGUAUUUUUAAUACUUAUCAUCUAUAAAACAUGGGGCCGAGUGUUUAGAACUUUGACAAAGUUAACAACGAUGUUAAUGGAAUCGUUGUUGACUUUUAAAGGUGAAAUAUUUUAUGAUGGGCUGAUAUAUUAAAGUAAAGGCUGAAUCAAUUGUCUUAAUAUUUGUGAAGAGUACAGCAGAUCGCAUGUGUGUCCUCGAAACUUUCAGUAUUAAAGACUUUGAAGUUAACAACGCUCAAGUUUACAACGUUGUUAAGUUUAGUAAUGUUCUGAACAAUCGACUCAUUAUGUGAAAAAUGUACAGUUUCAAUAAAAGCUCAAUAUCGCAUUUA